AUGGCCGGCCUCGAAGGCAUCGCGGGCCUCAGCCUCGCCUGCAACGUCAUGCAGCUCAUCAGCUUCGGCCACGAGGCCAUCUCGAUGUGUCGACGUAUCCACGAAAGCGGCUCCCCCGAACCUGGUCUUUCUGAACACGCCGAGAGUCUCAAAGCCGUGUGCGAUGGUUUGGAGAAGUCCUUGGGCAAAAGGCCGACGCCCGUUGCUACUACUGCUCCCACUUCCGCCGCCACCAGAGCACCGACAAUGGAAAAGCGACUUCUCGAACUUGCCGCCAAGUGUGUCAAGAAUGCCAGAGACCUGCAGGAGGAGAUGAAGUUUCUGUCUCCUAGUCAACCAGGCAAACUUGGAGCGCUGGUCGCUGCGCCAAAGAUACUGUGGCGGAAGAGGAGACUUGAGAGACUCAAGGGGAAUCUGGAUGACGCGCAGAGACUCAUGGACACGUCGGUUCUCGAGCGUCUGUUCGCCAGAGCAGAGGCACUCUACCAAGCGAACAAUAAGGGCUUUACAGAUCUGAGUAAAGAGCUCCAGCGAUUCAUCACAGACCAUGCGGCUUCGAAUAGCAUCCUUCGAACUGUCGUUGAGACACAUGCGAAGGAAAUUCAAGACCACGUCACCAUGGCAUCCUCGAAGACGCAGAAUGAAAUCAAGUCACACGUGUCCCUCAAACUUUCUAGUCAUGAGAUUUCUAUCAUGAAUCAUGUUUCAUCAUCUGCCCAGGAUGUCCAGGAUACUUUUUCACAGAGGAUGACGUCAAGAGAGGACUCAAAGGCCAAAGAACUGGCCUUCCAGCAACUUUUGAAAAGUCUCAAGUAUCCGGGAAUGAACGAGCGAAGGAACCAGAUUUCGCCAACGCACCCAAAAACUUUUCGUUGGAUCUUCAGUAACACAUUUCAGUUCAACGACUGGGAUUCGGGCAGUGACGGGGAGUCAGAAUGGCUCGCAGAAGACGAUUCCAGCACACACAGCGAUGAGCCUGCCGAGGUUGAUUCAACGAUCAUUUGGUCAGAAGAUUCAGUCGAGUCGUCGGGCAGCUUCAGAAGCUCCAAACCUUCUCUUGAAUCAACUAAGCCUCAACCUUGGGAUAGUUUCGUCGAUUGGCUGAAAGACGACCCGCGUAAAAUUUACUGGAUUAGUGGCAAACCCGGAUCUGGGAAGAGCACACUGAUGAAAUACAUCGAAACAAAUGACAGCAAUAUCAAAAGCCGCGAACCGGCUAUUCGAAUUUUAUCACAUUACCUGUGGAGACCUGGUACCUUUAUGCAACAGAGUAUAAAAGGACUGCUCUGUUCUCUGCUUCAUCAAGUUCUGUCCGAAGACGAGAGAACCUCAAUGGAAGUUUUGAAGAGGCAGCCGUAUAUAUUGAGGAAAGAUGCAGACACCGACUGGACUGCACGAGAGCUUGAGAUCACCCUUUUGUAUGUGCUACGAAACUCGGCCUACCUACACUUGGUGCUAUUGGAUGGCUUGGAUGAAGUCGCCGAUACACCAGAUGAAGGAGUUUGCCGACUUUUGAGCCUCAUAAACGACCUUGUCAUGUCAAAUCGAGUCAAAGUCUGUGUCUCUAGCCGUCCCGAGCCAGCCUUGAAGCGCGUACUCGAAAAGCACCCGAUGCUCAAGAUGCAGGAUCUGAACAAUCGAGAUAUCCACUUGCUCACGCGAGAACGAAUUGAGGCCAUGCAAUUUGACGCCAACAAUUACACGACCAACCAUUUGUCCAACCUCAUCUGUGAGAAGGCCGAAGGAGUUUUCAUCUGGGUCAUUCUGGUCUUAAACAGUCUCAAACGAGGUCUCGACAACUACGAUGAUAUGGACACUCUUUACAGUCGCGUAGAGUCCCUGCCCAAGGACCUGACGAAACUGUAUAAGGAGAUGUGGUCCCGAAUGAAGGAAGAUAGCGACCUCUAUCGAAGGAAAACAGUCUUGCUUUUUUAUAUGGCUAUUGAAUAUAAGACACACUCUGAAAGUGCUCUUAUUUGGCACGGUAACGCCAACCUCCUUGGUCUUGCCAUUUCUACAGACGAUGAGAUGCUGGAGUCCUUCAUGGCCAGUCAUGGCUGGGAGCUACCCGAUGCGGAAUUACUCUGGCAAAAGUGGCAUCGCUUAGGGAGAAGACUACCAGCGAUGUGUGCCGGACUACUGGACAUAACUAAGCCCGAAGAGGCUUUCACGUCCCCCAAUUGCAACGAAAAUAAAUUCAAGCCUUGGGGCAAAACAGGCAUUGGUUUCACGCACCGGACAGCUGUCGAUUUUAUUUGUGCCAGCGAGGAGGGUAAAGAACUUUUCGGCCCUUACGUUCCGAAGAAAGGCGACCUUGUUUCACGGGCGAUAAAGACAUACCUGAUGUUACGGCGUAUCAUCAAUAGAACAGAUAUCUCAACCAUUGCCGCUUCUAACAAAACCCAUCUGUCACUAAAAUACGACGGGACCGGAAAAUCAUUCCCGAGCUUAUGGCACUUCCAAUAUCUGGCCGAGUUUUCAUCACGCGAAACCGUACAUAAUCUGCUUUCGUUCACAUAUCAGUGUCUCGAAAUCAUAGGGCUAAACUUGGAAAAUCAGGUAUCGACAUCAGACUUAGCGAAGCCGCAUCAUCGUUUUUUAGCAAAAGCGUUCCAUAACACAGCAUUCGUCGACUGGGCCGAGGAAACACUGCAGGCAGCCACGGCAGGUAUCGAAGAAGUGACCUUAAUAGAGUCGCUUGCUCUCCGAGGCGGGUGCGAAGGCAUUGUAACUUUUGGUCCGCGUGGCAUACUAGAAGGCAAUUCUUUUCGGCUUUCAAUGAUUCAAAGAGUACUUAGAAAGUACUCGAAUACCCGACGAGGUUUGAAUGAUGAUAUCAAUCGACCACUCCAGCUGGCCUGCUACAGGGAUGUCUCAAUGGCGUGGCGUUGUGUUUUGAGGCACACUCUGGAAGUACUUUUGAGGUGGAACCGCUUCUCCUCGCUUGCGGAUGAUGCGGAACGGUCGCGAUUGUGGUCAGACAUAGUGGAGGUCAUUCAUUCCUUCUUGUCGGCAAAUGUACUGGAAGACUUCAAUGGCCAAAAGUACAUCAUUUCCAUUGAACCGUCAAACGGCCAAGUCAGUUCAAUAUCAGAACAUAUAGAUUACAGAGUGACAGCGAAGGAAGUAGAAGUUGUUUUCGAAGUUAACAACGCAGCUAUGCUAGCAGGCAUCACUGAGGCGGCUCAAAACGUUCUAGGCUCAGUCUCUCUGUCGAAACUUCCCCUAAAACCAGGGUAUUGUCCAAUAGCGUCACCAAAGCUUGUUUCUGAUCAAGGAGGACGGCCGGGGGGUUUUAGAAGUUAUAAUGAGAUUUUGCAAGACGGAAGCAUGGAUGGGCAGCGACUACUCAGGCUAAUAUUCAGUGGAAAGUUACCAACAUUAGACCACUUGAUGUCUGAAUCUGGUGGGCCCUUCGUUCUACGGGUACGAAACAUAGGUUAUCACUGGGGACAUUCCUCAGCGCUUCAAGCCGUCGGUCAUGAGCUCGGCGCCGUGAAUGAGGAUUAUAUAUGUUACCACGAUGAGCUAAGAGGAGGGGGGGGGCCUAGAGUAAUAAGAUAG